CAGGUGGCCGCGCUGGUGGACCGAGCCCUGGAGAGGCAGGACCUGAGCAGGGACGGGCUGCUUGACCCCCCCGAGCUGCUGCUCUCGCCCGGCCGGGGCCAGGGACCCCUGGGGCAGCCCCUCCUGCAGCAACCCGGGGAGCUGCUGGCAGGGGCUGGGGCUGUGCCCAGGGGGGACACGGAGGCGCCCGAGGGGGACGGGGGGGGGAGGAUCCUGACAGAGGGGCAGGGCCUGCCCGGCGGCAGUGCCCACCCAGAGGGGCAGGCAGCCCCCCAGGCUGAAGCCAUGGAAGUGGAGGAAGCCCCCGAGGCUGAAGGCUCCGACACUGAAGCCAUCAAGGCAGAGGAAGCCCCCGAGAUUGAAGCCCCUGAGGCUGGAGACCCGGAGGGGGAGGCGGCCCCAGCUUGGGGGGACCCUGGGGAGGGGUAG